CUGAAACAUACGCUGUGCUGGUCACCUCGGCGCUUGCGACCUUGCUGGCGGUGCCUGAACAGUUGCUCGCUGCCUGUUGGAUGGGCGGCAGUCAAGUGAUGCACCCGUGAUGAUCCUCCCCGGUCCAAUGACGCAGCUGGGGCGCCAUGAUUGGCCGGCUCCACAGCUAGGCAAGGUCGCUCCGCAACCGACUCAUCUCACUCGCUCUCGCUCUCCUUGCCCGACUUCGCUCCCUCCGAUCUCUCUUCCUUCCCAUCCUCUCUUCAUCUCAUCGUUACCUCUCCCAUCGACCUUUUGUAUCCAUAGAGACGUUCUUUAAUCCAGUCCUGGUUCUUCAUCAAACUACGGUCUCUGCUGCCCAUCAUGAAGUCGGCCUCCUUGCUCACGGCCUCCGCGCUGCUGAGCUAUGCUUCCGCCGAGGUUCACAAGUUGAAGCUCAACAAAGUCCCCCUGUCGGAGCAAUUGUACACCCACAACAUCGACGCCCACGUGCAAGCUCUGGGCCAGAAGUACAUGGGUAUCCGUCCUACCACCCAUGAGCAAAUGUUCCAGAGCAGUCCCGUGAAUGACAUGGGUCGCCAUGACGUGCUGGUCGACAACUUCCUCAACGCUCAAUACUUCUCGGAGAUUGAGAUCGGCACGCCCCCUCAGAAGUUCAAGGUUAUUCUGGAUACCGGUAGCUCAAACCUCUGGGUCCCUUCUUCGGAGUGUGGUUCCAUCGCUUGCUACUUGCACAACAAGUACGACUCGUCCGCGUCGUCCUCGCACAAGAAGAACGGCAGCGAGUUCGAGAUCAGAUAUGGAUCUGGUAGCCUGAGUGGAUACGUCUCUCAGGACACCGUCAAGAUCGGUGAUCUGGAGAUUAAGGAUCAGCUGUUUGCCGAGGCGACCAGUGAGCCCGGCCUUGCUUUUGCUUUUGGUCGCUUCGACGGCAUCCUGGGGCUGGGAUUUGACACCAUCUCCGUCAACAAGAUCGUUCCCCCCUUCUAUAGCCUGCUGGACCAGGAUCUCCUUGAUGAGGCCGUGUUUGCUUUCUAUCUGGGAGACGCCAACAAGGAAGGUGACAGCUCCGAGGUUACCUUCGGUGGUGUUGAUGAGGACCACUACACCGGUGAUCUGAUCAAGAUCCCUCUUCGCCGCAAGGCGUACUGGGAGGUCGACUUUGAUGCCGUUGCUCUCGGUGACAAUGUGGCUGAGCUUGAGAACACCGGCGUCAUCCUGGACACUGGCACUUCUCUCAUUGCUCUGCCUUCGACUCUUGCUGAGCUCCUGAACAAGGAAAUCGGCGCCAAGAAGGGGUUCUCUGGCCAGUACUCGGUCGAGUGUGACAAGCGUUCGUCCUUGCCCGACCUCACCUUCACCCUGAGUGGCCACAACUUCACGAUUACCCCAUACGACUACACCUUGGAGGUUCAGGGCUCCUGCAUCAGCGCCUUCACCGGCAUGGAUUUCCCCGAGCCCGUUGGCCCGCUGGCUAUCCUGGGUGAUGCGUUCCUGAGAAAAUGGUACAGCGUGUAUGACCUUGACAACGGAGCCGUUGGUCUCGCCAAGGCCAAAUAAGUGUUAUGCCGACAAUGGCAUGCUCUGGUUCCGCGUCGCGUGGUUCCUGGAUGUGCCGAUGUCCCCUUUGUAGCUGGUCUAUCUGUUAUGCGUGUCUUAAUACCUGGAUUUCCUCUCUGUCUCUCCGGAGGAAUCGGGAUCGGGGGAGAGAGUUAUGUGGCGAGUGAUGUGCAUUCUGUGUUAUUUCGAAACUGGAAUCCUCGAG